UUCAAUGUCCAUGCAUUGCCUUUAAUGGCAACAUUGACCCGCCUAACAUGGCCGCCACGUAGGCACGUUGGUAAACUGGGCUGCUCCACAGCGCUUAGCCAAAUGCCAUGGGGUGUGUAGUGACGUCACAUCAGGUCCUAGCACGUGAUAAAAGUGUAUUGAACUGCGGCGGUGAUUUAUCCUUAUUUAUACACUUAAACGUAAUGAACUAAGCAUUUUAAGAACUUAACGCCAUACUAGAAUGUUUUAGAAUGACCAGAGUAUCUGGUUAUAAUGUUACUGAUUAUUAUAAUUUUUUUCUUCAAGGACCUUUACGCAUCAUUUCCCCUCAGCGGUUGAACUGGGAAGAAUGGGAUCCAUACUGUUGUGGUUCCAGUAGCACCCAUUGGGACUAUUAUGUCGGGCGCGGCCGGUGGAGGCUCCUCUUGUCUGGGCGCAGCAGGAGCUAGUUGCAGCUCCGCCGGCCCUCUCUACACUACGGCGUCCGGGGGAGGAGCAGGGGUAGCCGGGAGGCUACCAGCUCGGGUCCUAGAGCAUAUUUUCUCCUAUUUAGAGCUCGCCGAUUUGACCCGAUGCGCGUUGGUGUGCUGGCACUGGAACAACAUUCUGGGGGAUGAAAACAGCGAAGUGUGGCGCAGCCUGGGGACUCGAACAUUAAAUGACGAAGCUCUGCGGUCUGACAUCCUGUGCAACCUCCCUUCAUACAAGGGAAAGCUCAAAUCCUUCCAACACGCUCUGAGCUCCCAUGACUGCUCUCGCAACGUGUACGUGAAGAAAAACGGAUUCACCUUGCACCGCAACCCCAUCGCCCAGAGCACAGAUGGAGCACGGGGCAAGAUCGGCUUUUCGGAGGGGCGCCACGCUUGGGAGAUCUGGUGGGAAGGCCCUCUGGGCACGGUGGCGGUGAUUGGCAUCGCCACCAAGCGGGCGUCCAUGCAGUGCCAAGGCUACGUGGCCCUUCUGGGCAGCGACGACCAGAGCUGGGGCUGGAACCUGGUCGACAACAACCUACUUCACAACGGGGAGGUGAACGGGAACUUCCCACAGUGUAACAAUGCACCAAAAUAUCAGAUUGGGGAGAGAAUACGAGUGAUUCUCGACAUGGAUGACAAGACAUUAGCCUUCGAGAGGGGUUUUGAGUUUCUGGGAGUUGCGUUUCGGGGACUGCCCAAAGCCUGCCUGUUCCCUGCAGUCUCCGCCGUGUACGGCAACACUGAGGUCACGAUGGUGUACUUGGGGAAACCACUGGAUGGCUAGGAGCCGUGUAUAACUAAAGGUUGUGAAGGCCGAACCGUCCUGUUUCUCCUAAGCAGCCCUUCGCAUUCAUAGCGAGGACUGUUGACAUUUCUACCACAUCUCAACAUGAAUUCUGAGUCAGAUUUUUAGACUGUGAAAAGGACUGUUUGUUUAUUUAUGCGUCAGAAUGGGAGCUAACACUUUUACAGUUUAGAUACCAGACUGCUUAUACAUGUAGGACAUCAAAUUAUAUAAACCUUUCACCCGAUUCAGCGCUGAACAUGAAGCACAGAUUUGGCCCAUCUAAACCAUUGUAGACUACGGCAAAAACUAAAAGAACUCAAUUUUAACGCAAUAAAGCUCGCUGUUAAAGAGUUAAAUAAACAGCUAAUUGUAGAAUAAUCUAUUAUAACCCUUAUUAUGAUUUGUAUGCCACAGCAACGCAACCUGACUCAGUAGUUGUCAUGCAUGGAAAGUGGCAUAUGGACCGUUAUAAUCAGUCGUUUUUAAUCCAACACAUCCAAUAAUGGUGGAAAAUGUCAUGUCAGUGUGUCCUUUUUAAUGUGCUACUAUAGUAUUACACUAUAUACUAUUUAUUUCUCUGUUUUAUCUAUGGUACUAUUACUGUAUGGUUGAAAAGCUGGAGAAUAAAGUUAUUACAUGGUGCCACUCUG